AUGCUUGACGUCUCUGUUCAAUAUAAUCGUAUUUUCAACACUGGCUUCGUCACCAACUUCCACAUGUUCGUCUGCGACCAGUUUGAGCACUUUAUGAAGGAGGUGGUCAUCAACUGCAGCGUUAAGGCUCGCGACAAGAUUUCUAUGCUUGACGAGAAACUGGUUCUCGUCGACGAUUACCGGUCCAGAUAUGCUGGCACUAUUCAGUUUUUGAGCAAGAGGGUUGAGGACUUAAAGGGUCAACUUGAUUCUGGUGCUGACGGUUCUCCUGACCUUGACGAUGUUCUCUCUGACUCUGAGGUGAAGCGGCUGAGUUAUUUGAUUCGCACCUACACUUACAAGAUUAAGGUUCUGACCGCCUACAUUACCAUUCUUAACAGCGUCAGGGUCAAGUUAAUUGUGGUUAGGCGUGUUUUAUGCUUAGGCCGUCAGGACCAUAAAAGUACUUAA